AUGGAGGUGAAAGAGGAGAAGGAGGAAGAGGAGGAGAUGGAGGCGGAGGUGAAGGACGAGAAGGAACAGGAAGAGAAGAGUAGUAGUAGUAGUAGUAGUAGUAGUAGUAGUAGUAGUAGCAGUAGUAGUAGCAGUAGUAGCAGUAGUAGCAGUAGUAGUAGUAGUAGUAGUAGUAGU